AUGAUGAUUAAAGGCGGUUAUGGAGGAGGAGGUUCUGCCUUUAAUUACUAUGGUUCUGAUAAAGAUUAUGGCUCGGGAAGUGGCGGUGGUCAAACCGCUGUCAAAUUCCUGUCAAACGAUCUUUGGCAUCGUGUUAUUGUAGCUGGUGCUGGAGGUGGUUCUGAUAAUUAUUAUUAUAUUGAUACAUAUAAGAAAGGUGAUGAUGGUUCAGGUGGUUCAGGAGGUGGAUUUACUACUCAAGGUUAUUGGGUAGAUGGCGUCCUGAAUUCAGAGAAAAUUGCUAAUUCCAGCUCUGGGUUUACAUUUGGAUCCGGAGAAUCUGCUCAAAAAGAUGGUUCGAAAAAUAAAAAUGGAGUUACAAAAGGUGAUGGAGGAUAUGAUAGACCAGGUGCAGGAAGUGGUUGGUUUGGAGGAUUUGCAGGUCUCAACGGAAACGGAGGUUCAGGAGGAGGAAGUUCAUGGGCACUCUCGAAGAAUGCAAUCAUCCCUCAAGGAAACAUUACAGCAACAGAUAGCUUUUACAACAUAAAUGAUAGUCGUCCAUAUUCAUUCAGUCUUGAUAAUGGAUAUCUUUUUAGUGAUGUCAAGACAUAUCCUGGCAUCUGGGAAGGCAACGGUCGUCUUAUUAUCACAAUUCUGGACAGCAUCAUCUAUCCUUCUUGUGUUUCUACCAAUCGCUCACACUUUUCAUAUUUCCUUUUAUUUAUUUUAUUUUUCGAAACACAAUCAUAA